AUGCCAUCUGCAGCCCUCGACUUCUCCUGCGCCCUCGUCACCGGCGGCGGUGGCGGCAUUGGCAAGGCCCUUGCAGAGUACCUUCUCAAAAAGGGAAAGACGGUCAUCAUUGCCGGCCGAACCGAGUCGACCCUGCAGCAGACGGCCAAGGAAAUCGGCGCAACCGCUUACUACACUCUGGACACGGGCGCCAUCGACACCAUCCCGGCUUUUAUCAACAAAGUCACAACCGAACACCCGGAACUCGAUUGCCUGGUCAACAAUGCCGGUGUGCAACGGCCUCUGCAGGUACAAAAGCAGGAUCCCGCCGACUUCCUCGAAAAGGCAGACCAAGAGAUCAACAUCAACAUUCGGGGACCCAUGCACCUUGCCCUAGGUCUGCUGGACCACUUCAAAUCGAAGCCCAAUGGCGCUCUGAUCGUCAACGUCUCGAGCGUGUUGGCUUUUAUACCUUUCAGUAUCAUCAACCCGGUCUAUAACGGCACAAAAGCAUGGCUCCAUUUCUGGUCCAUGAACCUGCGCACGCAGCUGGCCGACACUAAGGUGCGUGUGGUGGAGAUCGCGCCUCCGACGGUUGCGACAGACUUGCAUCGCGAGAGGGAGGACCCGGAUGACAACAAGAAAGAAAACAACCCCAAUGCUCUUAGCGUCGACGAGUUCAUUGAAGAGGUUGCUCAGAAACUGGAGCGGGGAGACGAGACCAUCGGAGCGGGCAUGAGCGCGGACAUAAUCGACCGGUGGUACAAGGAGUUUGGGCCGCACUAUGAGAAGGCACAACCACAACCCCUCGCCAUCAUGCCGAAACGCGCACCUGCGCCCACUCUCUCCAACAUGAUAGACGAAUCGGCCUCCGAGGACGAAUUCGCCCAAGACCAUGCUGCGAACAUGCUCACCUCGGACCCCGCCAUCGAAAACACCGCACCGUCGAAGAAAAGGUCUACAGGAAAGCCAGCCAAGGCUAGUGGCGCAGCUGCAACCAAAUCAAACACGGCCAAAACUAGGACCUCGGGGCGCAGGACGAGCGGUGCGUCUGUCACCGCAGCAAAGACGAAAACGACCAAAAAGGCAGCCGCCUCGAAGCGCAAGACACUGGCCGAGAGACAGCAGGAGGGCAACGAGAGCGACACCGAGGAAGUUGAUGAGUUUGAUCACAUUGAAGGACGACCUGCGAAGUCCAAGUCCGAAGUUGAUGACAGUGUAGUCACUGCUGAUGCGAGGGCUGCGCCCAAAUCUAAAGGAAAGCAACCUAAGAAGGAAGAAUCCGUCGAACCCCCAGAGGUAGACCCUAUGGAGGUCGAGCCAUCGAUUGAGGAAAUCCAAUCCCGCCUCGCAAGUACCAAGUUUAAACAACGUCAGCCCGUGGCUCCAAUCAGACGCGGGGGCAGCAACGACCCGGCAUUGCGCCGUAAAUUGGGUGACAUGACAAAGAAGUUUGAGAACAUGGACGUGAAGUACCGCAAUUUGCGAGAAGUCGGUCAAAGCUCGGAUGAGCGAGCUAGGGCCCAGAACGACCUCAUUGCUUCCUUGAAGAAAGAGCUGGCGGCUCAGCGCUCUCUGGCGAACGAGUCCAAAUCUCUCAAAAAACAAAUUUCGAAACUCUCAUCCGAGAACAAGUCUCUCCAGAAUCAGCUCUCCGAAUCGCAAACUGAAAUCAAAUCACUAAACACCAAGCUCGCUGCCACUCUCCCCGGUAGUGCCGUGAAGGCACAGAGGACAGUUAUGGUCGGAAGUGCGGAGGCAGCUAAAGAAGCCCAGAUCAGGCAGUUGAAAGAGGAUUUGUAUAGCGAUCUGACCGGCCUCAUUGUCAGAGGAGUCAAGCGUGGCGAGGAAGAGGAUGUGUACGAUUGUAUCCAGACAGGUCGCAACGGCACCCUCCACUUCCAUCUUUCCAUUGCUGUUGACGAUGCCAGCAAGCCCACCAGUCAAAGCUACGAGGAUGCCGAAUUCGCCUACGUGCCAUUGCUCGACGAAAACAGAGACCGCGAACUCCUCGAAAUCCUGCCCGAUUAUCUUACAGAGGAGAUUUGCUUCCCACGCAGCAGUGCAGCCAAGUUCUACGCUAAGGUCGUGGAUUGUAUGACGAAAAAGAUUGUUAUUGAGGAGUAGACACGGACUGUUCGCACGUACGGGGCUGGCGGCGGCGUUUUGAGAUGUUCGAUACCUUAUGGCUUACCGGAGCAGGUUACGGCGUCUUAUGUCGGAAUAUGGGUGUGGUGGGUGGUAACUUGGCGUCUCCAUCACUCGAGUUACAGCAAUACAAUUAUGUACACAUUCACUGUGCACAAACGUCCAUAGUACAGCCCAAAGUAUGCCAAGCGCCAGGCAUUCCAGAACAACGCUUAGGGAGGCCGUGGCCUACCGGAACGGGCAAUCCCUUGCCUGCAGCGCGCGCAAUUUUCACGCAACAUCGAACGUAGUGACAAGCUCUUGGCUCUGGAUCAACCAACGCGGCGGCUCUGCCGACGU